AUGGCGGAGUUGUUUGAGUCGUACGCUUCGGACUUUGCGCAAGUGCUCAAGUCUGCCGAGGGGCGGCUGGCGAUAAAUGCACACAAGAUGUCUGCAGAUGCGCUGCGCACGGUGCUGCGGCAUGCAGAGGCAGAAGCCGACGAGGCCGGCGAACUGUGUUCGCAGAUGGAGAUCGAGGUGCAGGGAUUUCCACAGAGCGUGCGUGAUCGGUACGCAGGGAAACUGCAGUCACUGAAGGGCGAUCUCGAUAUGCUGCAUCGCAAAUUGCGCGCGGCCAAACAGCCAGAUAGCGGAAGCGGCCUUCCUUUGGAUGGGUAUAGGGACCAGGAUGAAGGUCAAACUACAGAUGCUGCGUUUUUGCAGCGCCAGCGCAUGCUGGAGGGCACGUCUUUGCUUGAGCAAGGCACAGAACGGCUCGAGAACUCUACCCGACUUGCAUUGGAAUCGGAAGAUAUUGGCGCAAAUAUCCUCCAGGAUCUUCGUGGACAGCGUGAACAGCUGGAACACAGUCGCAAUACACUUCACACUGCCGAUGCACACAUUGGCCGAUCGUCGCGUACAUUGCAACAAAUGAUACGUCGCGCCAAGCAACAAAAACUGGUUACUACCGCCAUCGUGGUAGUGCUUGUUCUGCUGAUCCUUCUCAUCCUCUAUUCCAAGUUGUAG